AGACACCACCGGAAGUAGGAUUCUUGUUUACUGCAGUUAGCUAAGGUGCCAGUUAGCAUUAUAGCUACUGGUAUAUUAUCUAACUAAGAAGCUAGCCAGCGUACACAGAGGGGGAGGAUGAGUAGCUCGGAGGAGGUGUCCUGGAUCUCCUGGUUCUGUGGCUUGAGGGGGAAUGAGUUCUUUUGUGAAGUUGAUGAGGACUACAUUCAGGACAAGUUUAACCUGACAGGGCUCAAUGAACAAGUACCUCACUACCGCCAGGCCCUCGACAUGAUCCUGGACCUGGAGCCGGAUGAGGAGCUGGAGGACAACCCCAACCAGAGUGACCUGAUAGAGCAGGCAGCUGAGAUGCUGUAUGGCCUAAUCCAUGCCCGCUACAUCCUCACCAACAGGGGCAUUGCUCAGAUGCUGGAGAAGUACCAACAGGGGGAUUUUGGUUAUUGCCCAAGAGUGUAUUGUGAAAAUCAACCCAUGCUUCCUAUUGGUCUGUCGGACAUCCCAGGUGAAGCGAUGGUGAAGUUGUACUGCCCAAAGUGUAUGGAUGUGUACACCCCUAAAUCAUCUCGGCACCACCACACGGAUGGAGCAUAUUUCGGGACAGGCUUCCCUCACAUGCUCUUCAUGGUACACCCGGAGUACCGGCCAAAACGCCCUGCCAACCAGUUUGUGCCCAGGCUAUAUGGCUUCAAGAUCCACCCCAUGGCCUAUCAGCUCCAACUCCAGGCUGCCUCCAGCUUCAAGAGUCCUGUCAAGACUAUUCGCUAGAACUUACAACUGGACAGGAAAGACACAUUGUUGAUUUUUACUUUGUUGGAAUUCAACAAAUGUAUCAUUCAGAUCAAUAAAGGCUUCUAGAAAAA